AUGCCCGCAAUUUUGCAACCUCCAGCCACAGGUCAGGCUACAAGGCGGCUAGACAGCUGCCAGGCCUUUGCGGGCCAGGUCGCAGAGGCUGGGGAAAAGUAUGGCGUCGAAGGGGACGCAGCGCUAAUGGCGCCCGGCGAGAAGGAGAAGGAACUACUUGUCGUCGUGAAGAGAGGAAGAGAUGCGGACUACGCCGAGAAGCUGGGGUCACCGCUGGUGCGAAAAGACAUCCGGGGGCGCUGGCCGGGCAUGACGUGGGGACAGUUUCGCGGAAACUCCGAGUUUGAUCUCCGCCCUCUCUACAACGACGGGUCGCCGGGACCUAGGACCGACGAGGCCGGCUACCCCAUCAUGGUAGACACCUACACAAGCGUCGACGACUACAAGUGGAGUCCCCUCCACUCGCACUGGGAUCCCGCUCUAGCGGAGGUCAUGUUGAAUCAGAUUAGGCCAUAG